UGAAAGGCGACGACCUGCAGACCAUCAAGAAGGAGCUGAGCCAGAUCAAGCAGAAGGUGGAUUCCCUGCUGGAAAACCUGGAAAAAAUCGAGAAGGAUCAAAGUAAACAGCCGGAGCAGAAGAACGACAAGUCGGAGGAGGAGCCGAGCGGAGGCUCCUCGGCCAAGAAGGAGGAGGCCGGAGCGAAGCUGGAAGCCGAGGCCGGAGCCGACGACUCGGCCGAGGAGGGCGACCUGCUGGACGACGACGACGCCGAGGACCGGGGGGACGACCAGCUGGAAUCCAUCAAGGGGGAUGAGAAGGAGGCCGAGGAGGGCGAGGACGACCGGGACAGCGCCAACGGCGAGGACGAUUCCUAA